UUCUAUUUCGUGAAUCAAUUCUUUCUAAUUCGAAGGUUGAUCGACAGCGAUGGCAGAUGUUCAGAUGCGAGAUGCAGAAACCUUUGCCUUCCAGGCUGAGAUCAAUCAGCUUCUCAGUCUUAUUAUUAAUACCUUCUACAGCAACAAGGAGAUCUUCCUUCGGGAACUCAUCAGCAAUUCCUCUGAUGCGUUGGACAAGAUUAGGUUCGAGAGUUUGACAGACAAGAGCAAGCUUGAAGCGCAGCCAGAGCUUUUCAUUAGGCUUGUUCCUGAUAAGGUUAAUAAGACAUUAUCGAUCAUCGACAGUGGUAUUGGGAUGACCAAAGCUGAUUUAGUGAACAAUUUGGGAACAAUCGCGAGGUCUGGGACCAAAGAGUUCAUGGAGGCUCUACAAGCUGGGGCGGAUGUGAGCAUGAUUGGUCAAUUUGGUGUGGGUUUUUACUCGGCCUAUCUCGUUGCGGAGAAGGUCAUUGUGACAACAAAGCACAACGACGACGAGCAAUACAUCUGGGAGUCACAAGCCGGUGGGUCGUUUACCGUUACCAGGGAUGUGAGUGGAGAUCACCUUGGUAGGGGAACAAAGAUCACACUCUACAUGAAGGAAGACCAGUUGGAGUACUUGGAAGAGAGAAGAUUGAAAGAUCUUGUGAAGAAGCACUCUGAAUUUAUUAGUUAUCCUAUCUAUCUCUGGACCGAGAAGACCACUGAGAAGGAAGUGAGCGAUGACGAAGAUGAUGAGACCAAGAAAGAAGAGGAAGGUGAUAUCGAGGAAGUAGAUGAGGAAAAAGAAAAGAAAUCCAAGAAAAAGAAGGUGAAAGAGGUGUCCCACGAGUGGGAGGUUAUUAACAAGCAGAAACCCAUCUGGCUGCGCAAGCCAGAGGAGAUCACGAAAGACGAGUAUGCUUCGUUUUACAAGAGCUUGACCAAUGACUGGGAGGAGCAUCUCGCUGUGAAGCACUUCUCUGUCGAAGGGCAGCUGGAAUUUAAGGCUAUACUCUUUGUGCCAAAGAGGGCUCCAUUCGAUCUGUUUGACACGAAGAAGAAGAUGAACAACAUCAAGCUCUAUGUCCGAAGGGUUUUCAUCAUGGACAACUGCGAGGAGCUGAUUCCGGAUUACCUUGGUUUUGUUAAGGGCGUUGUCGACUCGGACGACCUUCCCCUUAACAUCUCACGUGAAAUGCUUCAACAGAACAAGAUUCUCAAGGUAAUCAGGAAGAAUCUUGUGAAGAAGUGUAUUGAGAUGUUCACUGAAAUUUCCGAGAACAAGGAGGAUUAUGCAAAAUUCUAUGAGGCAUUCGCGAAGAAUUUGAAGCUGGGCAUCCAUGAAGACAGUCAGAACAGGUCGAAGCUGUCUGAUCUGCUCCGGUAUCACUCUACUAAGAGUGGUGAUGAGAUGACGAGCCUGAAGGACUACGUCACAAGGAUGAAGGAAGGUCAGAAGGACAUCUACUACAUAACCGGUGAGAGCAAGAAGGCCGUCGAGAACUCACCGUUCCUGGAGCGGCUAAAAAAGAAAGGCUAUGAAGUUCUCUUUAUGGUUGAUGCAAUCGAUGAGUAUGCCGUGGGUCAGUUGAAGGAGUAUGACGGGAAGAAGCUUGUUUCUGCUACCAAAGAAGGCCUUAAGCUGGAGGAUGAGAGCGAGGAAGAGAAGAAGAAAAAGGAGGAAAAGAAGAAAUCCUUUGAGAGCCUGUGCAAGACUAUCAAGGAUAUACUCGGAGACAAAGUUGAGAAGGUGGUGGUCUCUGACAGAGUUGUUGAUUCUCCCUGUUGCUUGGUGACCGGAGAGUAUGGAUGGACAGCCAACAUGGAGAGGAUCAUGAAGGCGCAGGCUCUGAGGGACAGCAGCAUGGGUUCUUACAUGUCCAGCAAGAAGACCAUGGAGAUCAACCCUGACAAUGGUAUUAUGGAGGAGCUGCGAAAGAGAGCUGAAGCCGACAAGAAUGACAAGUCUGUGAAGGACUUGGUUCUGUUACUCUUUGAAACUGCCCUCCUCACCUCUGGUUUCAGUCUGGAGGACCCCAACACCUUUGCUGCCAGAAUUCACAGGAUGUUGAAGCUGGGUUUGAGCAUUGACGAGUCUGAAACAGUUGGCGAUGAUGAAGAAAUGCCUGCUCUGGAGGAAGAUGUAAACGAAGAAAGCAAGAUGGAGGAAGUCGACUAGGUUCUCUUUUAGGACAUUUUGAGAUAUAUGGG